AUAAAAGCUCUAACGAUCGACUUCGAUUCAAUUAGAACGUUUUCAGCACUCUAAGCAAACAAUUUACCAAAAUGAAAUUCUUUAUUGUUUUCUUCCUCGCCUUGAUCGCUGUGGUCCUUGCCGCCGGAGGACGUGGACAAGGUGGACAGGGCCAGCAAGGAUUUGGCCAGGGAGGACAGGGCCAGCAAGGAGGUCGUGGCCAGCAAGGAUUUGGUCAGGGAGGACAGGGUCAGCAAGGAUUUGGCCAGGGAGGACAGGGCCAGCAAGGCGGUCGUGGCAAACAAGGAUUCGGCCAGGGAGGACAGGGUCAGCAAGGUGGUAGGGGACGCUACUAAAGGGUCGACUACAUAAAAAAUACAGAAAAUAAAUAAAUCUUAAA